GGUGGGGGAGGGGGCGGUUUGGGUUGCGUUUGGACAGCAGGGUGCUGCUGGUGCGUCGGGAAAGAAGGAGGAGGAGGAGGGGGUGGAGGAGCUGUGGGGGAAGAGGGUUUGGUUGUAUGUUGUUUGCCCUGCUUCUCUGUUGUCGUCCGCAUUGAGGGGUGGUUUGAGGAUGAUAAGGAACUGACGGUUGUUUGGGUUGUUUGGUUUAGUGUAAAGCUGGCGAAUGAUGUUACGUUUCGGAGGUAAGACGCGCAGAUGAUCCUCGCUGGGUUUUGGUUAAGGGUAUAGGGUGAAAGGAUGAGGGAAAUAGUUCGCUGCUGACUUGUGAUCUACUAUCAACUGCAGGAUGAACCAGACGAUGGAUCGAAUGGCUCGAAUGCAGGAAUCCGACUACACCCACUUCAUGCGCGUCGCGUUUGGACAUACGACCCCCCUAUCCCCCGACUACGAUGUCUGCAAGGAGCUGGAGUUCACUGACCCUACGCUCAAUGACUCCCAGAAAGAGGCGAUCCGGUUUGCGCUGGCGUCGCGGGAUAUUGCCCUCAUCCAUGGACCGCCGGGCACGGGAAAGACACAUACCUUGAUUGAGCUCAUUGUGCAGCUGGUGCAGCGGAAUCAACGCGUCUUGGUGUGCGGGCCCUCGAACAUUUCCGUGGACAAUAUUGUUGAGAGAUUGGUUCCCAAAAAGAUCCCCGUGGUGCGCAUUGGCCAUCCCGCACGACUGCUGCCCGCGGUGCUGGAUCAUUCGCUCGAGGUCUUGACGCAGACGUCCGAGGCGGCGGGGAUAGUUCGCGACGUGCGGCGAGAGAUGGACCAGAAGCAGGCAAGUAUCAGGAAGACGCGGACCGGGCGGGAGCGACGUGCCAUCUACGACGACCUCAAGGAGCUCCGGCGGGAGUAUCGCGAGCGGGAGACGAAAUGCGUGGCCGACUUGGUGCGCGAGAGCAGCGUCGUGCUGGCGACAUUGCAUGGGGCCGGUGGCCAUCAGCUGCGCGGGCAGAAGUUCGAUGUGGUCGUGAUCGACGAGGCCAGUCAGGCGCUGGAGCCCCAAUGCUGGAUCCCGCUCCUGACGGCCUCCAAGGUCAUUCUGGCAGGUGACCAUCUACAACUGCCGCCGACCGUCAAAUCGACCCGCGAGCAAACGAAGAGCCGCACUGCGGAGGCCGGGGUGGAGCUGUUGCCGGAUGUCUCGUUGGAAACGACGCUCUUCGACCGACUACUGGCUACGCAUGGGCCGGGGAUCAAACGGAUGCUCACCACCCAGUAUCGGAUGCACGAGACUAUCAUGCAGUUCCCAUCGCAGGAGCUGUACGAGUCGAAGCUGAUGGCGGCGGAAGCUGUGCGGGCGCGCCGGCUGGUGGACUUGCCAUAUGAAGUGCAGGCGACAGACGAUACGAUAGCACCCUUGGUCUUCUGGGACACACAGGGCGGGGAUUUCCCCGAGACAGCGGAGGACGCGGGAGUAGGCAAGUCCGAGAAACUACUUGGGGAAAGUAAGAGUAAUUCGAUGGAGGCGCUGGUGGUAGGGCAGCAUGUUGAGGCGCUGGUGGCGGCCGGGAUGCAACCGAGCGAUAUAGCAGUAAUCACGCCGUACAACGGACAGCUUGCAGUCCUGUCGCAGAUGCUCCGCGAAAAGUACCCGGAGCUGGAAUUGGGCAGCGUCGAUGGCUUUCAGGGGCGCGAAAAGGAGGCGGUUGUGGUCAGCUUGGUGCGCAGCAACGAAGGCCAUGAAGUUGGAUUUCUGGCCGAAAAGCGUCGUCUGAACGGUGAGUAUUUUAUUGAUGACUGGAGGGGGAGAAGGAUCAGCGCUGACGGAUGGCAUAACUAGUGGCCAUGACGCGGCCGAAGCGACAUUUGUGCAUCGUGAUAACCACAUGCAGAGGCAAUGGAUUUUUGA